AGCGGAAGCGGAUCCGGUUUUUCUUCCUAGAGCGGGAGGGGGAAAGUGGAGGUCGGUGGUGGCUUCUCUUGGCCCAGCUCCUGCUAUUGCCAUCCUAUCUAGGUGAGUCUUACGAUGUCAGUGGGGUGGGGGCCUCCCCUUCCUCCCCUUCCCUGAUGCAGGGACACUUUUAAGCAUUUGCUAAUUAUCAUGGCAUUCGCAUCCCAUCCUUCUCCCUUCCUCCCCUCUCUGUUUUAUCUCCACAACAGCCCUGCGAGGUAGGCUAGGUUAAGUUAGGUUGAGGGAUAUGGUUGGCAGGCCUAGUAGGCCUCGUGGCUGAAUGGGUAGAUAUUCAUAUUCUGUCCCUGCUUUCCUGCAAGGAGCUUGGGGUAAUACAGCCGUUUCUUUCAUCUCCCCCCCCCAAACCUCCAUUUUAUGUUCACAACCACCCUUUGAGGUAGGUUUAAGCUGAGAGAGACCAUGGGUUUCAUGGCUGAGUGGGUGAUGGCUGGGGGUUUUUUAAAUUUAAAAAAAACCAAAACCCUAAACUGUUCUUCAUCCUGACAAAUUGCAGAGGGCUGUAGACAAUAAUUGGCAGGCUGGAGAAUAGUAAUAAUACAGUAAUAAGAAUGCAAUGUCACAUCCUCCCUGCGGAAAAAACGAGAGGCUACAAAUUAUUAUAGCACUGCAAAGCAGGCAACAGUCAGUUCGAAAUGCCUAAGCAAACAAUAAUCAUGUGAACAGGUGGCAAAAAGUUUGUGGUGAUUAUUCAAGUUGAACUUCCUUAUAAAGGCAGGGCACCACCACAAAAAAAGUCUAAAACACAAGUAUUCUGACUCUGUCCCCCCACCCCGGCCGCCACCACCACCACCAUUCCUCGUUUUGAUGCUCCUUCUGCUGUACCACAUUGUCUUUUCCUCACCCCCAACCCUCAUUUCAGUGGCCUCCUUGAAAGCUUUGUGCAUGUGUGCAUCCGUUUAAUGAGCUGAACAAAGGAAACUGUCUUAUACAAAGUCGCACCGUUGGUCCAUCUAGGUAAAUAUUCUCUACACUGGCAGGCAGAGGCUGUCCAGAGUUCAAGACAAGAAGUCCCCCAGCCCUACCUAGAGAUGCGAUUGGGGAUUGAACCUGGGACCUUAUGCAUGCAAAGCAGAUGCUCUCCCACUGAGUCACAGCCUUUCUAGGACUAUACCACACACAUUCAAACUUAUUAUUGAGGCACAGAUGCUGCAUGAAGACCAGAUCCCAGCACAGGGCUGGGAGAUGCAAACUGCCUUAAGUAGGAGAGAGGGAGCAGGGAAGGGGGCGGAUCAUCUCCAUCUUUGUGGGCUUGAUUUUACCCCCAAAAAAGGAGUAUAUUCGCACACAUCUGCUUUUGAAACUUUUAAGGCUGCCUUAGGACACUGACAACAAGGGAGUGGCCUGUGAAAUGAAUGCCAAAAUCAGCCUCUAAAGCAGUCUUCCCCCAAAGUGAUGCAGUCCAGAUAUUGCUGGACUCCAGCUCCCAUCAGUCCCAGGCGCCAUGGACUAUGGUCAGGGAUAAAUGAAGUUGUAGUUCAAAACAUCUGGAUGGCACCAGGCUGAGGAAGGCUGUUCUAAGGCCUCAAACCUAUUUGUCUUGCUGCUGCAUACCAUGUGUCAUGUUUUCCAAGGCCUUCAGUCAUCCUUACAACAACUGGGCAAGAGAGGUUAGUAUAGGUAUCCCCAUAUUACAGGGUGGCAAUGAGGGGAGCCGAGAGAAUAGUUGCUUGCCUAAGAUCACCUUGUGAAUCCAAAGCUGUUCAACCAACCAAGAUUUGAACCAGCUAGGGACUUCCUACUCACACUCUCACCCACUAGACUACAGUAGCUUUCUAAUGCAGUGAUAGGCACUGUGGACCUUUGGGUCUUGUUGAACUCCCAAUUCCCAUCAGCUUCAGCUAGCAUGGCCAGUGAUCAAGGAUGAUGGGAGUUGUAGUUCAGCAACAUCUAGAAGACCACAGGUUCUACCCUCCUAACUGCAGUGUAUUUAGAUUUUAAAUACAAGGGUGGACUAAAAAAAGGAAUUAUUAGUUACAUAUAACUAAAUAUGAAAGGGACGCGGAUGGUGCUGUGGUCUAAACCACUGAGCCUAGGGCUUGCCGAUCAGAAGGUCAGCAGUUUGAAUCCCCAUGACGGGGUGAGCUCCCAUUGCUCGGUCCCUGCUCCUGCCAACCUAGCAGUUUGAAAGCACGUCAAAGUGCAAGUAGAUAAAUAGGUACCACUCUGGCGGUACUCUGGUUUCUGUGCGCUGUUCUGGUUUUCCCAGAAGUGGCUUAGUCAUGCUGGCUACAUGCUGGCUUGAAAAAACUGUCUUCGGACAAACUUCGGCUUCCUUGGCCAGUAAAGCAAGGUGAGCGCCACAACCCCAGAGGCGUUCGCGACUGGACUUAACUGUCAGGGGUCCUUUACCUUUAACUAAAUAUAGAGAAGAAAAAAAGUAGUUUCUCUUCUCCCACUCCACCAGUUCGAGACCCAACAGUGUUUUGCUGAUUUCAUCUGAAGGCUGAAUAAUCUGUAUAAUCCUUCCUUAGGUCCUUCUUUCUUGCCAUAUGCACAAUAUCUAAUUUAUCUUCAGUCUAGAGGAACAGUCAUCCCCUAGUGCAAAUUUCUAUCUCGCUGUGUCCAGAAAUAAAGAACAUUAUUGUACAGUGGCUUUUUGCUGCUUCAACAGCAUAGUUAAAGGAUAACUAGGUGAUAUUAAAACAAAAAGUGUGGGCAUCUGCUAUUGGUAUGUUAGCUUCACAGCAGCUAUGCUCUGCAUUUUUUUGUCCCUCAGAAUGUACAAUGCUAAGGUGAAAAUUAUUUAAAAGACUUUCAUGACCAGAUAAAUCUUGAAAUUAACUUGAUUUAUUUGGAGCUGGAGUAUCUUGUCUCAUAGAUCAUAGAAUUGUAGAGCUGGACGCAAGAACCCCUUUGUCAUGCAAGGUAGGAAUGCUGUUUGGAACAUUAUAUAGUUCUGCCCAUAUAUGUUGGCCAAAGAAAAGAAUGUUGACCUCUGUUCCAUGUUCAACUGUUUCUAGAUUGGGCAUGUUGGAACUAUACCUUUGUUCCUGCUUUGCUUUUCUCCACUAUGCUAGCUGCUGGUGGAAUUUUCUGCUGGUGUGUCAAUUAAGUUCUAUCAGCGAAUAUGUCAUACCAGCACUGUUGCUCCAGAUCUGCCAAAUUCUGCCACUUCCUAAAGCCCCUCAGGCAGGGUAACUGCAGUAUAGGGUUGUGUCCUUCUUUUGCUAACAGUUUUCUGUCACUCCGUUUCUCUCCUGUAAACUCCUAAACAGUAGAUGAGAGAUAUGUAUGCCAGAGAAUGAUCAUUGUCUUAAAACAUUGACGUAUAAAUCCCAAAUGAAAACAGAAUAUAUACUUUGGUUUGCCUGGCUGUUUUGUGGUGCGAGCUUUCAGAUUUUUAUACAGCGCAUAAAAUUAACAUGCCACACUUCUUUUCUUCUUUUUUAGUGCUGUUGAUUUUUUUUUCCUUUUGGAAAACCCACCUACUGACCAGAGCACUGUGUGACAUCAGAACAAAGAUCCUUCAGGUUUGUGGAAAUAAGUUGAGUGAUAUUCAGCUACUUCAUAAUCAAGGUGGACCUACAGAAACAAUGGUUUUGAGUUCAGUUAAGGCCACUGAUUUCAGUAGGUGUGGUCUGAGUAUGAUUGACAUUGAAUAACACUCCAUACUUCCCACUUGCAGGUACUUCUAGGGGUUGGCCAGGUUGGGCUCUGCCAAGGGGGAGCCAAAAUCAUGCCUUUCAGCUCUGGUUCUGAGUGGCUAGGAGGCUGCCCACCCAUCUGUGCACUCCUCCACUGCUCUGGAUAGCCAGGCAAGGCAUGCAGGCUGCUCCGGGCAUCUCCAUGGAGGAAUCUGGUUGCUGAUGUGGGCCACCACAACGGGGGGCCCUCCCCAGUCGGCCAGCUAUUAGAAGUGUGAGUGGAACACCCAGCAGAGCUUGGGGAGGGAGAAGAAAGACAGGAAGAGCAGGCAAGAGUUGCAGGAGGAAGAAAAAGGAAGGAAGGAGGCAGAAGGGAAAGCUGCGUACGGAGAGAGGCAGGCAGGCAGAUGGACAGAUGGAGGAGACACAGGAGGGGGAGCAGAGCAGAUCCAACCCUGAUGGCCACAGAGGAAGUCACUGGCAUAGAGUGGAAGACAACGAAAAGCAAACUUUUUGAGUUUCUGGUCCAUGGUGUCGCCUGGCUCAAAGGCACUGAUACACCUCCUUCCCUAGGGUGUCGGGCGGUAGGCGAUACAGCUGCUUGCCAAGUGCACAAGUGAGCCUAGGUAUGCCUCUGCCCACUUGAUACAAGUCCUCUUUCCCCACCACCACCAGCAUUGGUAGAGUUUGUGGAAUUUGUUACGAGUGGUGGCUGCUUAGAAGCUUAUCAGGGUUGCUCUCUGAGAAGACUAGUAAUGGAAAGCAGGCAUUCCCUGAAUGACACAUUGCCUACCAUAAUCAAUAUUUCCCCUGCUGCAUAGCUGCAGGAGAGUGUUUGGUAUGUUCAGUUCAUAGUUCAUAGUGGCUCAGGAGGCAAGGCCAGUUAUCUGCUGCACCCUAUGUGCAGCACAUAUAUAUGGUGACCUAAUCUCCCCAAGGUGAAGAAGGGUAUUUAAAUAUAAUUAAAGAACAGUUCAAGAAUAUGAGAUAAAAGCUACUACAGCUGCAAUAGUGCAGCUGGUUCCUAUAGUAAGCCCAACUGAACGGUUUGAAAAGUAAUUCCAAUUAAACAUAGGAUUGCACUUCAAGUAGCUGUUAGACUAUUGCUGGUAUAAUGACCACUUUUUCCAAUUAAGAGGUUGUUAUCUUUUAUCACAGUUUAGCCAGUGCCAGAAUGUCUUUGUCAACAAGCCAGCAUGAAAGGCUCUCUUUCCUCAUCCUCCCUUUCACAGAGAUAUUAGGAUUUUAUGUAGCUAUGUCAUUCUCAGAGUAUGCCUAUUGAAAUCAAUCAACUUGACUUAUUUUAGUCCUUUGAUUUUUGUGGCUCUACCCUGAGUAUGACUUCAGUUGCAUAUAACCACUAGACUCCUGCACAGGAAAUAUCAUCCUACUUUAUGCUAUGUUAUGAGUGUUUGUUCCUUAUCACCUGUGGGAAAAAAUAUCAUGCUAAACCUCCUAUUCAUUUAAGCACUUGAAAGCAACAGCUGCCUCCCUAAGAUAUGACACUGAAGCUAGAACAUUUACAAGAUUCUAUUAGAUUCCCUCAUGUCUUUUUCUGGUAGACCCAGGGGUAGUCAACAUUUUUAAUACCUACUGCCCACUAAUGCAUCUUUCUUCAUGGUAAAAUUUCCUUACCGCCCACCAGUGCUCAAUGGAAGUAGGAUUCAGCUUGUGCCGUAGAAUCCCCACCGCCCACCUAGAAUCCUGAGCAGUAGGGACCAGGUUGACAACCCCUGAGGUAGACAGUUUGUCUGUUGAGCCUAGUGUUGUCUCCUCUGACUGGCAACAGCUCUUCAUCAUCUCAGGAGGCCACUGUCCCACCACCUGCUACCUAACUGGAGAUGCUGGCUAGUAUUCAGUUUAACACUAAGUAACCAUCCCAUCAUUUACACUUGCACAAUGAUACUUCAACACACACCAAUCCUCACCAUGCUCUGGGUGGGUUCUCCUAACACUCCAGAAUAGAUUUGGGGAGAUGCAGGGGAGAAAGAGGGGGUGGAGUCCUGUUGCAAGUGUUAAAUCCUUGCACUGAUGGGGAUGGUUACUUAAUGCUGCAUUGGAUACAAGCCACUGGAACUUGAACUCAAGCCAUUGUGCACACAUGGAAAGCAUGUGCUGCGCUCAUUGAGCUAUGGUUCCUUGGGAGAAAGUCCUGCCAUACUCAAUGCAAUUUACUCCUUAGUGUGUUGAGGAUUGCAGCCGUAGUUGGUUACAAAUUCAGAUGGGGUAUUUGUUUGUAUAUAUGUUUGGCAAAAAGCAUGUGUUUUUCCCCCACCUGCCCACCCACCCAGAUCUCUCCUAGGAAACAUGAUUUCCGAAAGCGGCUCAUUUGUGAAGGGCAUGAUGCUUGGAGGGAUUUUCUGCGUCUUGGUCACUCUUCUAGGACACAUUAAGAUGGGCCACAGCACUACGUCUCACGAGCACCGCCAUCUCCAGGCUCCCAAAAAGGAGGACGUUUUAAACCUCUCAGAGGACGAGCGCCUGGAAUUGAGCCAGAGCAUCCGUGUGUAUUGCAUCAUCCUUGUCAAACCAAAGGAUCUUGGGCACUGGGCAGCUGUUAAAGAUACAUGGAGCAAACACUGUGACAAGGCAGAAUUCUACAGUUCCGAGAAGGUCAAAGUCUUUGACUCCAUCGUGCUAAACACAGAUGACAUGUGGUCAAUGAUGAGAAAAGCAUACAAAUUUGCAUAUGAAAACUACAGAGAUGACUUCAACUGGUUCUUCCUGGCCCACCCUACCACAUUCGCCGUUAUUGAAAACCUAAAAUAUUUCUUGCUGAAACAAGACGCGUCCCAGCCAUUCUACACGGGCAGAACAGAGACAUCUGGAGACUUGCAGUAUGUGAACGGGGAUGGAGGAAUCGUCUUAAGCAUAGAGUCACUAAGGCGCCUUUACAAAGUUUUUGAGGAUCCAGACAAGUGUCCUGAACAAGGGGGCAUGAUUUGGAAGCUCUCUGAGGAUAAGCAGCUAGCUGUCUGCUUGAAGUACACUGGGGUACAUGCUGAGAAUGCAGAAGACUCUGAAAAGAAGGACAUCUUCAACACCAAGUCAGUUGGCUCUCUCAUUAAAGAGGCCAUGUCAGUUCACCCAGAUGAGGUGGUGGAAGGCUGUUGUUCAGAUAUGGCUAUCACCUUCAGCGGAUUAGCUCCUAAUCACAUGCACGUUAUGAUGUAUGGAGUUUACAGACUCAGAGCAUAUGGGCAUAGUUUCAACGAUGCCUUGGUUUUCUUGCCUCCCCCAGGCUCUGAUAACGAUUAAGACUUGUUCCUCAGGAGAUUGUAUGUGAAGGGUGUAAAAUGUGUAGUCUUAAUGUAUAGUAUCCUUCAGCAAACAGCAUGUACAUAAGCCGAUCCAAAUUUUGUAUUUGAAGGUAAUGAUGUAACUACAUGUUUUGCACAAACUGGUUUUAUAAUCUUUACAAGUGGAGAAAAGGGGUAGGGGCUUAAAAACAACAACUCUCCUAGAAAUUUGAGUUGUUGCCUUCUGAAAAAUUGUUCAAGGUUUCCUUGUCAACAAAAAUCUCUAGUGGGUAUAUGAAUAUUUAAAAUGAAAAAUCAUCCUCAGUCUACUGUAAAUUAAAUCUAUUUUUUGCAGUUUUGAGGUUUGUGUGUCUUCCAUCCUUUCACAGUGGCAGCUUUUCAUGCUCGAAGGGGAUGGAAAAAUACAAAUAAUGCCUUUAAAACAGCCUUCAGUUAUUUCCUUUUGACUUGGUGGGAUGGGAGAUGAGCUCAACCUUAUUGUUCGUUUUUAAAUAAAACAUUUCUGUUCUUGUCAUUCAUGUAAAAAUGUGGUUAAGUACGUACUCCAUUAGGCACCCUGAGGCUACUACUCCCCAUUCCUACACCAGUUCUUACUGCUAGACUCCCGUCAGAAUAUAUGUGGCAAUGCAGAUAGAUGCACUGAGGGGGCAGCAGGUAAUGAAAACCUAACCUAGCGGAAACCUCAAGUGUAGGAGUCAAAUUUGGUCCUCUAGCCUAAGGACUCUUCCCAGGCCACAGCUCACUUGAUCCAUCCUUUGAGUAUUCUUCCGUGAGUGGGAUGCAUCCUUGGAACUGUAACAACUUACUUGCCCGGAUGGAGGUGGGCAGGGUCAACACCGCUGCCUUGUAACCUACUGAAUAGCCAUCUAUCGCUCUGCCCACUUUGACUUCUGGCCUCACAGGUUGCUGAUAAAAGGAAUGAAGCUCAUGGGCUUUAAAAGUUUAUCCACUGCAGUUUCAUGUUUCCAAGAACUACUGCAUGCCUAGUAGACUAGCAACAGGCUUAGAGUAUCCAGAGCUCCAGUUACACCAGUGCAAGAGACUUCUGCUUGUGGAUCAGAAUCUCCCCCUCCUUUCCUUCCCCCCCUGCAGGGCUGGGGAACCCUCUGGAGCAGAGAUUUGGGGCACGUAGGGAAAGGAGAGAUAGAAGGCCCAUUGUAUGCACAGAGUCCUGAUCAUGGAGCCCUGGAUGCAUCUUGCAGUUACUAUCAUUGUUUCUGAAGCUUUUCAGUUUCCAAAUAAAUUAGGCCUCUGGAGUAACUGCUGCCUCAUAGACGUCACUCUGAAGUUGUGGGUGUAUGAUUUGUUGUGGUUCGCAGCUUUUUAAAAAUUUUAUUUUCAUUGUUUAUAAAGUGCUUUCACCCUAAAUGGUCGC